GCCUGGAGUAUCGUGAUCAACCGUGGGUGACUAUCAAUUACACUGAUCGAUGUCAUACCUGGCAUCAAAACCCCUCUUCAACAACAUUUCAGUCUUUCUCUCCACCAUUCCUCAUUAUACAGCCAACAUGAAAGGGCAUCUCCACUGGAUCGAGAAGAUCCUGGAUCAUCAAAAACACCCGGUUGCUUGCAGUAAUCGCACAUUACCCACCACGCAAUUCCUAGAAGCCAUACUGUCCAAUAUUUUCGACCUUCUUCCAGUCCUAGAUCAAGUUUGUUUUGCACUCACCUGCAAGCAUUUUUAUGCCUACUUUCGUGCAUACCUCAAUAAUCGGAAACUCUUUCUACCUGAUCUGUUUCGGGAGACACGUCUGAUUCUAUGCCGCAACGUCGAUAUUGAGAGUCGUGCUCGAACACAACUCCUCCGUCGCCUGGAGGAUGCCAACUGGAAAUACUGCUUUCAAUGCUGGACUCUUCAUCCGCACUCUGCAUGGCAACAUCCAAAGGGGAAGAGCUGUCUAGACUGUCAACAGCUGAAUGGACGGCGCUGCAUGCCGUAUGCUGGCAUCGUCGACCUCUGUCCGUGUCUGAGCAUCACAAAGUGCGAUCAGGUUUACCUGAUAAAAAGACAAUCCGAUAGGAAGCGAAGUGCGCAACGAGCGUACAGAAUACUUUGACGGGCUGUUCUAUCAUGAUACUCGCUUCGGCCGCAAAGACCGGAAUAUCCGGCAUGAGUGCACAGUCGACGUCCACCCGCAAGUCAAACUCCAGAUUAGAACCG